AUGCUGGUCAACCUGGUCUGCUGCCUGGCCGCUGUGCUUGGGAUACCAGCGAAUCUCUUCGUACUGGUCGCGAUCUUCUAUUUCCGCAGGGAAAUGCGCACGAUAUCCAACAUCUAUAUUGGAAAUCUUGCUGUGGCCGAUUUACUCUUCCUUUCUGGUACUCCAAUCGUUAUCACCCAAUCGAUAACGAAACACUGGAACUUUGGAAGUGUUGUCUGUAAAGGAUUCGUCUGCGGAAAUGGGAAUGGAUCGAGCCGGUGUUUGGGAGACGAGCACUACUACUGCAACAUUGUAGGACUAACGCUCCAGUGA